ACAUUUCCAUGUUUAUUUUGCAGAUGUUGAAAUGCUUGCGAGUAAGCCAUUAUUCAUUUACUACAUGAAUGAUGGUAUUUAUGGUUCAUUUGCCUGUAAACUGUGUGACUUCACAGUUGUACCUCAGGUUCAUAAGAACUACAAGGCAGAUGCACCACUAUUUAUGAGUAGCUUAUGGGGUCCAUCCUGUGAUGGUCUAGACCAAGUUGUGGAUCAUUAUCUUCUGCCAGAGCUGGAUGUUGGUGACUGGAUCAUCUUUGAAAACAUGGGAGCCUUUACCUUAGGAGAGCCAUCUGACUUUAGUGAAUUCCAAAAACCACCUGUUUUCUGUUUUAUAUCUAUCAGUGACUGGUAUGAGAUGCAAGACGCUGGUGUAACCUUGGACACAUUCAUAAAUUACUACGUUGUGCCUUUUCAGCUGAGCCAAGAUGAUUGCUUUUCCACUGCUGCUUAAUCUGGAUGAAAUGCUUUCAAUUAUUUAAACCCUGCAGUUCAGUAUCUUGUCUGGUCUACAUUCCAAAGUGGAAGAGACUGGAGAAAUCUUGAAUUCAGCUGUAAUUUAAUCUGAUCACUUGAAAGAGAUUAGUUACUUGGGACCAGGCUGUCAUUUUACAGCUUGUAAAUGCUCAUGUUGGACAGAGUAACAUGUCUAGAAUGAAACCUGCAGUCUAGUGUCUCAGAUUUCCCCCAUAUGUAUGAAUAAUAAAAUAUGCAACAAAAUGGAUGACUUAGUAGAGAUGGAAGCCCUAUCCCUGGAUUCCCUACUAAACAGUUUACAUACAAGUAUACAGGUUUUUAUACUGAGGAUUCCUGUUAGCUUUGUAAAGUCAUUGUCUUUGUAUUUCCCUAAGUUGUAGCAGUUUGUGGAGAAGUACAAGUCCCUCAAACGUGUUUAGUAUGUAUGUAUAUAUAUAUAUAUAUGUGUGUGUGUGUGUGUGUGUGUGUGUGUGUAAAUUUGUGCUUUGAUCAGUAGUUUAAUAAAUGUUAGAUUGCAUCAUAAUUGUGGUAUUACACAUUGUAGCCGCUGUAUGAUGGCAAUAAAUAUCUGUGGAUUUUACUUAUUUGUUAAUGAAACAUUAAAGGGCUUUCUUUGUGUGA